GUCGUGCGGAAGGUCGGUCUUCCGCUAAUGACACCCGUCCUAUGAGCAGCUGCGGCAGCUCAGCUCCCCACUUCACUCCAGUUGACGACGGCGGUCGGACCCAGGCGACCGGGAGACGAAGGGGCGGCACCGGCACCGCCUCCGGCGACCUCGGCCCGACGGUUGCAGUGGUGGAGAGGGGAGAGCGUGCUGCGACGGGGUGAGCGGAGAGAUAGAUGAUGGAUAUAGCUGCUGAUACUCCCCAAGGGGUCGAUCCCAUUCAAAGCACGACCUUUGUGGUUUCCAAGAGGCUGCGGUGUUCUACAACGUCAACCGACCCAGUAUACAAGGCCCUCGAUGCCGACAAUACUAGUUUCUCGCAGGGGAGGUUGCACCCGCUAGACAAUGAGGUUCUCUUGGAGGAGAUCCUACUCCGUCUCCCUCCAAAGCCAUCCUCCCUCCCGCAGGCCUCCCUUGUUUGCACACUCUGGCGCAGCAUCCUCUCCGAUCCCAGGUUUCUCAAACGCUUCCGGAAACACCACCACAAGCCUCCUCUGUUGGGCUUCUUUGUAGGGUAUACUGGCAGUAAACACAACUUCGUUCCUGUCAUGGACACAAAGCCUGACCGCAUCUCUGCUGCACGCUUCUGCGUGCCCAAGAGUAGCAGGGAUUUCCUCGGCUGCCGGCAUGGGCUCGCUGUCUUUAUCAAGUGGCUGCGCGAGACCGUUGUAUGGGAUCCCCUCACCGGGCAGCAGCAACGCGUGCCUUUUCCACCAGGGCUUGGCAAUGCCGAAACUGACACUUUCUGGGACUGGCACGCAGCGGUUCUGUGUGUUGAUGCUGAAGAUGGGCAUGUGCAUGGCGAUUGCUUCUCGAGCACGUUUAAGUUAGUUUUGACGUGUGGUGGAGACACACAAGCGUCCGCUUGCCUCUACGAGUCGAAGUCUGGUGCAUGGGGAAAUAUUGCAUCAACGCCGACUACAAAUGAGAUUAUUCGGAUAAGGCCCAGUGUCCUCAUUAGGAAUGCACUUUUCUGGUUGUUAUGUGAAGGUGACAUUCUUGCGUUUGAUAUUGAAAGCCAAAGUCUUGAUGUGAUCGAGAAGCCGGUGGAUGCCCAUGGUACCGAAGUCGCCUAUUCCUUCCAGCUCUUACGGACAAAUGAUAGUGGCCUUGGCUUCGCAAGCAUGUCGAAUCUGGGCAUCCAAUUGUGGAAGAGGAGCUCCAACUCUGAUAACGUUGUUGGAUGGGUGCUGCAGUCAAAAGUCAUUCAACUAGAGGGACUCUUUCCAAAAGGAAUGCCUAGCGACCACAAGAUGGCAGCGAUGGUGGGGUAUGACGAGGAGUCAAAUGCGAUUAUUCUGGCUACCUAUAUUGGUGACUUCAUGCUUCAAUUUGAUUCGAUCCAGUUCAUUAGAAUUUCCAAAAGAAAUUGCUGGAGUAGCAAACUGUAUUAUCCUUACAGAAAUUUCUAUACUGCAGGUAAUCCAUCUUCCUCACGUGCAAACAGAUUCAUUCCAGUUACUAUUGGCAGGGGAGUUGGGUGGAAAUUGAUGGAUCAGAAACUCUGAAUAUAUAUGAGAUCUGUUACUUUGAUAUGUUGGUUGAGCAGGUGAGAAUCUAUUUGAAGAACCAAGGGUGUCAGAAAGGUCUUGUACUGAAGAAGAGAGCUGGGAUUUCUUUCCUAACAGCUGGUCGUAGCAAAAGCUGGGUGAUAUCUCAUGUGUUUCUUUCCUAGAAGCAUUCACAAGUUAGUGGAUACUGGGAUUAGGAUUCUAUAUGUAACAGGACUAGCUCCUCGUACACUAUUCUUGCCUUUUGUGAGAACCCUAGUACUUCUAUGUUGCAGAAUAUAAUGUGUUGCAGGUUGCAGCCCAACGUUCCACUGGCUGCAAGUUAUGUUAUUUGUUCAAGUGUCCUGUCCACUGAAUUGGGUUUUAGACUUUUAGUUAGCAUUGUGCUGCUCUAGAAGGAGCACGAUUAACUUUCAGUUCCAACUGCCUUUCGUUC